CGAGCGCGGCCGCGGAGCGCGGAGCCGGGAGCCUGGAGCUGUCCCCUGCGCGCGUCCCGCCGGGCCCCGGUGCCGCCGCGCGCUCCGGCCCCGCCAUGCUCCUGCUGCUGGGGCUGUGCUUGGGGCUGCCGCUGUGCGCGGGGUCAACGCGAGAGGCGCGGCCCCGGGAUGACACUUCGGAGCGGGUUGGACUCAGGGUGCCAAGGCAGGUCCGACUGUUGCAAAGGCUGAAAACCAAACCCUUGAUGACAGAAUUUUCGGUGAAGUCCACCAUCAUUUCUCGUUACGCCUUCACCACAGUCUCCUGUAGGCUGCUGAAUAGAGCUUCCGAGGACCAGGAAAUUGAGUUCCAGAUGCAGAUUCCAGCUGCAGCUUUCAUCACCAACUUCACUAUGCUCCUUGGAGACCAGGUGUUUCAGGGAGAAAUUACAGAGAGAGAAAAGAAAAAUGGUGAUAAGGUAAAAGAGAAAAGAAAUAAAACCUCAGAAUAUAAUGGGGAGAAGGGGACGGAAAUGUUCAGAGCCUCUGUGGUCAUUCCCAGCAAGGACAAAGCUGCCUUCUUCCUCAGUUAUGAAGAGCUCUUACAGAGGCGGCUGGGGAAGUAUGAGCAUGUCAUCAGUGUACGGCCCCAGCAGCUGGUGGGGAGGCUGAUGGUGGAAGUGAACAUUCUGGAGAGAUCAGGCCUUGAGUCUCUGGAGGUGCUGCCCUUACAGCACAGCAGGCAGAAGGGCAGCGGGAGAGGGGAAGAUGAUUCUGGGCCACCUCCGUCUACUGUUAUCAACCAAAACGACACUUUCGCCAAAGUCACCUUUAAGCCCAGUGUGGUACAACAGGCCAAGAUUGCCCAGAAUGGCAUUCUAGGAGAUUUCAUCAUUAGAUAUGAUGUCAACAGGGAACAGAGCAUUGGGGACAUAGAGGUUCUAAAUGGCUAUUUUGUGCACUACUUUGCCCCCAGAGACCUACCUCCUUUACCCAAGAACGUGGUAUUUGUGCUUGAUAGCAGUGCCUCCAUGGUAGGAACCAAGCUCCGGCAGACCAAGGAUGCCCUGUUCACGAUUCUCCACGACCUGCGACCCCAGGAUCAUUUCAGUAUCAUUGGAUUUUCCAACCGUAUCAAAGUGUGGAAGGACCAUUUGGUGUCAGUUACUCCCGACAACGUGAGAGACGGCAAAAUCUAUAUUCACCACAUGUCGCCCACUGGAGGCACAGACAUCAACGGGGCCCUGCAGAGGGCCAUCAAGCUGCUCAACGACUAUGUGGCCCACAAUGACAUCGAAGACCGAAGUGUGUCCCUCAUCGUCUUCCUGACCGAUGGGAAACCCACCGUUGGGGAGACCCACACCCUCAAGAUUCUCAACAACACCAAGGAGGCUGCCCGUGGCCAAGUCUGCAUCUUCACCAUCGGCAUCGGGGACGACGUGGACUUCAAGCUGCUGGAGAAGCUGUCACUGGAGAACUGCGGUCUCACACGGCAGGUCCUGGAAGAAGAGGAUGCAGGUUCACAGCUCAUCGGGUUCUACGAUGAGAUCAGGACCCCUCUCCUCUCAGACAUCCGUGUGGAUUACCCGCCGGCCACGGUGGAGCAGACCACCAGGACCCUGUUCCCCAACUAUUUCAACGGCUCGGAGAUCGUCAUUGCGGGGAAGCUGGCGGACAGCAGCGCAGAGCAGCUGCACGUGGAAGUCACGGCCAGCAACAGCAAGAAAUUUGUCAUCCUCAAGACAGACGUGCCCGUGGGUCCCCGGGAGGCAGGGAAUGGCAUGGCGGGAAGCGCCAGGCCUGAGGGCGGUGGCGCGGGGGGCCCCAAGCACGUGGAGCGGCUGUGGGGCUACCUGACAGUGCGCGAGCUGCUGAGCUCCUGGCUGCACGGCGGCGGCGGGCCGGAGAAGGAGCGCGCGCGGCAGAAGGCGCAGGCCCUGGCCGUGGCCUACCGCUUCCUCACCCCGCUCACGGCCAUGCACCUGCAGAGCUCGGCCCUGCGGCUGGACCAGCCCGGGGAUGCGCUGGGCAUGGCCGCUGCCGCCGGCCCGGAGGCCCUGGUGCAGAGCCUGCGGGGCGCCAGCCCGCAGCCAGGACCUGCUCUCAAGAAACCGUACAGCCCAAGAAUUAAGGUCUCCAGAACGUCAGUGGAUGGAGAUCCCCAUUUUGUCGUGGAUUUCCCCCUGAGCAAGCUCACCGUCUGCUUCAACAUUGAUGGGCAGCCGGGCGAUAUCCUAAGGCUCAUCUCUGACCACGCGGACUCUGGCGUGACGGUGAAUGGAGAGCUGAUCGGGGCCCCGGCUCCCCCAGGCGGCCACAAGAAGCAGCGCACAUACUUCCGCACCAUCACCAUCCUCGUCAAUAAGCCUGAGAGGUCUUACCUGGAGAUCACGCCCAACAGAGUCAUCUUGGACAGCGGGGACAGGCUGGUCCUCCCCUGCAACCAGAGCGCAGUGGCGGGGAGUUGGGGGCUGGAGGUGUCCGUGUCUGCCAAUGCCAACGUCACCGUUACCAUCCAGAGCACCAUCGCCUUCGUCAUCCUCAUUCACCUGUAUAAAAAGCCAGCCCCCUACCAGCGAAACCACCUGGGCUUCUACAUCUCCAACAGCAAAGGCCUCUCUGGCAACUGCCACGGACUGUUAGGUCAGUUCCUGAACCAGGAGGCCAGACUCACGGAGGAGCCUGCCGGGCUUGGCAAGGACCCCCAGGCCGGCGAGCAGCCCGAGACCGUCCUGAAGGUGAAAGGACACCGGGUCCCGGUGGUCUGGAAACAACGGAAAAUCUACAACGGGGAGGAGCAGGUUGACUGCUGGUUUGCCAGGAACAACGCGGCCGAGCUGAUAGACGGGGCGUACAAGGAUUACCUGGCAGCCCAUCCCUUUGACUCCGAGACUUCGUUUGGCCUGGGACCGUCCAGGGCACUCUGAUGCCAACAGCCGUGACUUCGGCAUGUGGACAGGGAGGUGGUCUUCGGGGACCCCCUGGUGCGGUUCCUGUCGCUUGCAGGUGCCUGGCAUCCCGGCCGUUUGCUGCCACUUUUACCCCUGGCGGCGGGCAGGCCAGAUGUCCACUGGAGCGAAGGGCAGGGUCGGCCCGGGAGGGAGCUUGUUGUUUCCUGCCACUGCCCUGUCCUGCCUCCCCUCUCCCUCUGGACCAUAAAGCCGGUAGCCCCCAGGGGCAAAAGUCAUACUUAAAAGCAAGAGGUCUGCGUCUCUGUCCCCAUAGCCUGUCCAAAGGGACGUUGCCACAAAGCUGCUUCUCUCCACGCAAACAGCCAAGUCUGGGCGCUCUGCUUUGCGCCUCACGCUGAUGCUUAGGACUCUGUCCUCUCAGAGCCACCGUGUUCUCCAGAUGUGUGGCCAGCCUCUGCCUCGGGGGGACCUCUCAUGGGGCCCAGGCCAUGGGUCAGGCAAAUAGCUCGUAGAUUUGAUCAUUGUAAGCAAUUAAGUCUUUUCUUAGGAGAGGAUUUUAUUUUUUUUUCUUUUCUUUCUUUCUUUUUUUUUUUUUUUUCCUGCUGUGGUAUCUUGCCCUGGAAAGUGAAUUUUCAUUAAAAACAAAUUGGCUGAAAAUAGAAAAUCUGCAUCCCAGAUGCUGAUGUCUAGUGGACUUUGUAAACCACUCAAUGGUGCCGAUGGGUGCGCUCCUGUUUAUUCCGGUAAGCUAAUAAAAGGACUACCCCA